UUACUUAACGUAACAACUGUCACUUAUUCUCAUGGAGGUUGACAGUUUCAAUCUGUUCCAGUCAGCAAAAGUGCACUACUCAUCAUUAGUCAUUUCAUCUGCAAAACCAACAGAUUUUGAAGAUCUCUCCCUUCAACCUCCAAAGAUGAUCAAUCCUAUUAUGGUCAUCCUAUUUCUACUCUGUGUCUUCAAUGUUCAAUCACAUCUUUUUAACCAAGGAUCUGUGAAAUCAUCUCUUGCUGCCAAUAAGAUGUCCGGACAAGGAACUGCAUUUCGUCGUUUCAACAAGGAGUGGGAUGAUGGUUCAGGCAUGGAUCCAUUAUGCACUAACACCAGCAGAACGGACAUGGCAGCCACAG